CCACCUAAGGAGGUUUUUGUAGCUCAUCCUCCAGUAUAUCAGGACCCAAUCGUUCCAACACCAGAUCAGGAUCACACCGAGCUUCCAACAUCACCUGGUGUCACAGUUCAACCUUUUGACCAGGGGCUUACCACAACUCCAGAACCUACUAUGGGUGAACAUUCCACACCCCUGCAGGAGAGUGUAGAUCCUCCAACAUACCCCGAGGUGGCACUUCUAAACCCAGAGCAAGUUCAGGCUCAGCAUCCAACCUUGACUGAGGUCACAGUUCAACCUUUCGACCUGGAACUUACAUUAAUUCUGGAAUCCAGUAGGGAGGUUGAACCUUCUCCAGCAAUGCAGCAGACCCAAGCUCAGCCUCCAGAGCUCAUUAAGGAAGUUGUAGCUCAGUCUCCAUUGUAUCCCGAGGUGCCAGUUCCAGCCCCAGAUCAGGAUCAUGCUGAGCAUCGAACAUCACCCAGUAUCACAGUUAAACCUUUGGAUCUGGAGCUUAGCAAAACUCCAGCACCUACUACGGAGUCUGAACAUUCUACAGCCCGGCAGCAGACUACAGCUCCCCCUCCAAAACACCCUGAGAUGACACUUGCACAGCCAAACCUGACUCAAGUCACAAUUCAAACUAUGGAUAUGGAACUUACCGUUAGUGCAGGCUGCAAUAUGGAGACUGUACCUUCUCCAAUCAUGCAGGAGACCACAACUCAGCCUCCAGAGGCACCUCAGGAUGUAGUAAUUCAAUCUCCAUUCCAGCAGGAGGUGACAGUUCCAACUUGAAGCAAGGAUCAAGGUCAGUGUUCAGCAUCAUCCAGCAUCACAGUUCAUCAUGUGGACCUAGAGCAAACCACAAUUCCAGAGCCCACUAUGGAGGCUGGACAUUCUACAUCCCUACAGCAGACUACAGCUCCCCAGCCAAAACACCCUGAGGUGACACUUGCACAACCAAACCUGACUCAAGUCACAGUUCCACCUGUGGACCUGUGAGUUAACAUAUCUCUGCAACCAAGGCAUCUGAGACAGUUCUUUUUCCUUCGACUCAGUAUUCAGUAUCCACAGGUCUUCCUGGUGUAAAAUAUACCCCAGAAAAGAAGCAGCCGGAACAGAAUGCCACCACAAACAUCAGCAUAUGUGAGCUCUGUACCUGCAAAAAUGAGACGCUGUCAUGUAAUGGUCUCAGCCCAAAGCAGAAGCUCCACAGAGUGCCUGAGCCAGAGCCUAACACCUAUAACGGCACCUUCACCAUCAUGUAAGAAUCGCCUCUCCUCAUUUGUUCUCUGCAUCCUGCCUGACAUGGCAGCCUUUCUUCAGGUAUUCCUGGGUCCUCCUUAUCUCACCAAUCCACAGUGACUGACUUCCUGUUUUCACCUUUUGUUUGUCAAUGAUUCCUUAUCUUCCUUCUCUUUCUUACUAUUUUUCCCUCUCCUCCAGUCUUUUACUUUUAAUUGCCCUUAUUUUUUCCUUCUCCAUUUUUUACCCCAUUAUUUAAUUCCUUAACAUCUACUCUUCUUCCAUCUUUAUUCCAUCCUCUUUACAGCAACUUGUCCCUCUCCCCAUCUCAUUUGUGGUAAUACAGCAAAGUGGUUAAGAGUAGAGAUUCUGG